AUGGAAAUGUCAACAUUUGAAUCAAAUUUCAAUGACAAUGCAACACAAGUAAAGAGGUUAUUUGGACGUGAAAGGGCUAUCCACGAGAUACUAGGAGGCGGAGAAGUAGCAAAUAUUUUGUUAUGGAGGGAUAAAAGGAUAUCAGGUGUGAUUUUUAUUAGUGUUAUGGCAAUGUGGUUUCUCUUUGACGUUGCGGAAUAUACAUUUGUGACAUUUGUUUGUCACUCCACCAUCACUGCCAUGCUCAUUGUAUUUAUUUGGUCAAAUGGAGCAAGAGCCUUCGAAUGGAAUCCUCCUCAUAUUCCCAAUAUUCUAUUGGAGGAAUCGACGUUGAUCACAAAUUUCUGCCAAAAGUUAAACUACUUUUUGUCCAGGCUCAUCUACAUUGCUUACGGACAUGAACUUAGGCUCUUUUGUUUGGCGAUUGUCACUAUUUCGAUACUAUCGACAAUUGGGAACUACAUCACUACAAUGAAUCUUCUUUUUAUCGUGUUUUUAGGAAUAGGUAUGCUACCUUGCUUGUAUGAGAAUAAUGAAGAGGAGGUUGAUUACAUUUUCGACGUGAUGAGUGGGCUGGUUUCCAAGGGGUACGGAAUGCUAUAUCAAAAUGUUGUUUUGAUACCAACAUGGCCCCUCAAAGAGAAGAAAUUCAAUUGA